AUGUCAAUUCCAACCAUUACAAACCUCAAUGACUUCCGCGCAGGUCUCGCCAAACUCAAUGAAAAAAUUCGCUUCGGCCUCGAGAAUGGGAAUUUGACCGAGAUAAUAGACCGCCAUUGGGACCUAGUGACUGCCAUAGCAACGUCUAGAGCUACAAACUGUGUUGCAGAAAAGCAGAAAUCAUCGAAUAAAUUUCUGUUUGAUUUCUUGUUAGCCUACGGAAAAGCACGUCAGAAAAACAAACACGCUAGUCCCGAAUUCCUGAACGAAAUGAAGAAUCUUUUACAAAAGACUGAAAAUGCGUCUCAGCAAUCGGAGGCGAAGGCUAAAGAGACUCGAGCUCGGCGAAGUUCAGAGAGGCGCUCGGCAACCUCACAAAAUCAUACAGAGGUAUCACAUCCAGUCGAACAAGAGGCAGAGGCAUCCACUAUUCGUUCUCUCAAAAGACAUCGUGUUGACGAUGUGACGCCGUCUUGUGAAAGGUCGCCUAAAAGAUUUCAUGACAUUGAGGCUGCAUCUGAUGAAGAUGACGAAUUCAUACCCUCCCACAAUCCAUCUCCGUCAGAGGCCGAAAGUGACAAGAACACUCCAGAUCCCAAGCGUCCUUACCCCAAACCGAAGCGCGCUAAACCUCGGGCUCGGACUCUGGUGAGUAACUUAAGAGAGAAGUCCGAGAAGCCAACUAGAGAGAAGUCCGAAAAGCCAACCAGAGAGAAGUCCGAGAAGCCAACUCAUGACGAUCGCCCCCCCGCAAAAGCUACAAAAUGGAUACAUGUUCAGGGAUGCGAAAUGGGUUGUAAAGGCAGGAGUGAGGCAAUAGAGCGAUGCUCGGAUGUUGACGACAAUGAAUCUAUCACAAGUGAGUUAGAAGAGGAUCGAAAACCCGACGCAAAAUCUCGACGCGGCCAAACCUUGAAGUUAGUGAAGGUUGAAACUUCAACCCCCGACUUAGAGCUUAGCAAACCCAUUGCUGACUCCAAUCGCCGGGAAGCCAAGGGCAAGGGCAAGAUGUUGGCGGUGGAUCCCUCUACAUACUCACAGAAAGGAGAAGAUGCCGAGAUGGACACCCAGAGCGAUGACACAAAGAAAAUUGUGCGCAAGGCAGAGGUGCCGGGCCCAACAAACAAUCAACCUGACGGUAGAGCUGGUCAUUUUUCCAGCGUCUCUAUUCAGACGGAAGAUAUGUCUGUUAAGACAUGGAUGGGAUGGAUGCAAGAUGAUUUUGUCCGGACGCAGAAUGAAAGCGUUUCACUUCCACUACCGCAGCGUCCAACAUACAUCCGAAAUUGGGAUGGUGACGAAGAGGGAUCCGAUAGCAGACCAAAACAAGACCGGACUACAGAAGAGCGCCUGAAAACAUUGGAAUGUCAAACGGAUAAAAUACUAGAAAGAAUGAAGAAAAUUGACGACCAACUUCAGAGUAACGACAAUGGAUUUGACUAUAUGGCAGGCAAGCUGGCAUUCUUUAUUUCUAUGGUUCAGAUGCUUGAUAAAAAGUCUGACAUGGUGAACAACUUUCACGGCGAGGUUAUACAUCGGAUGACUUUGCUGAGACGUGAAAUGAAUGCCAUGGCACACGACAUCUACAUCAGCCAUGGAUCAGAGGAUGAACACCACAUGUACCAUGACACUGGAGUUCAAGCCGGCGACAUACCCGACGGAAACCAUACUUUCAAAAAGUAUUCCGACAUCACUGUACUCGGAUUGCAUCCUGCGCUGGCAUCAAUAGAGGUACGCGGCCUGCCGCGCGCGUCGCUUACAGGCUAUGCGCACCAAUUGGAAACGCGCGCAUUGGACAGUUUCCGACCCGCCGCUGCCGCGCGCGGCACUGCGCACCAAUUGAAAACCUGCGCAUCUGCUAGAUUUCCGACCCGCCGCUGCCGUGCGCGGCGCUUACACGCUAUGCGCACCAAUUGGAAACGCGCGCAUCGGACAGUUUCCGACCCGCCGCUGCCGCGCGCGGCGCUUACACGCUAUGCGCACCAAUUGGAAACGCGCGCAUUGGACAGUUUCCGACCCGCCGCUGCCACGCGCGGCGCUGCGCACCAAUUGAAAACGUGCGCAUCUGCUAGAUUUCCGACCCGCCGCUGCCGUGCGCGGCGCUUACACGCUAUGCGCACCAAUUGGAAACGCGCGCAUCGGACAGUUUCCGACCCGCCGCUGCCAUGCGCGGCGCGGCGCACCAAUUGA